AUGAAGACUUUUCCGUUCGCUGCUGUUCUGCUUGCACUUGGCUGCGGUGGUGCGCGUGCAGAGCACACCGAGCGUGUUCUCGUCGUGGGCGGCUCGGUUGUUCCCAGUGGCACGAAAACUUACAAUGUCGGCAUCCGAACUACCCUUGAAGGCGACACCUUCUGCGUAGGAGAACUCGUUGCCCCCAGUUACGUCCUCACUACUGCGGCGUGCACCAACGGUAAGAAUCCCUACGCGGCCUCGGGUACUUACGAGUACGUCUCGACCGGAACGCACUACCUCAACAGUAGUCUCGACGGUGAGAAGUUCAAGAUCGUGUCGGCUUGGAACCACACCGGAUAUAACGACACUAACGGUGCGUACGAUUUCGCGCUGCUCAAGUUGGAAAAGCCGAGUAAAUUCCCACCGGUGAAGCUCCCCGCGGCCAAUGACUCCGACACCAAGCCGGGGAUGUGGACGACCUUCAUGGGCUGGGGCGACACGUCGUACCCGAAUGGGACGCGUUCGUAUGAGCUGCAGCGUGUGGACUUGGAGCUGUGGGAUAACGAGGCCUGCUUGAGUGAAUUCGUCGUGGACGACACUAUGGUGUGCGCCGGCGGUGCCGCUGGCAAAGAUUCGUGCGUGGGAGACUCGGGUGGUCCACUUAUCAAGGACAAGGGCACGGGAGAUUCGGACGACAUUCUCGUUGGUCUGUCAAGCUGGGGUGUUCGUUGCGAAGACGAAGGAAUGCCAACCGUGUACUCGCGUGUGUCGACCGCUGUGGAGUGGAUCAACUCUAUGAUGAAGAACUAA